AUGACGCGUGUGUACGUCGGUAAUAUCGACAAACGGGCGACCAAAGAGGAACUGCUGGAGUUCCUGAAGCCAAUGGAGAAAACCAUUGAGGACUCGUGGCUGGCCAGGCGGCCACCGGGAUUCGCUUUCCUUACCAUCACCCCAUCGCAAGCAAUGGAGUUUGUGGAGAAAUUCAAUGGGAAGGAGUUUCGCGGAAGAGUCCUCGUGGUGGAAACCUCCACCACGACCACGCUGCCAAAGGAACGUUCCAGCCGACGACGCGAGCGCAGAGAAACCAGGCGGUCUGGUAGCCGCAAACGGUACCGUUCGGGAAGCCGUUCAAGGCACUACAGCGAAAGACGGCGUGAUCGAAGUUACGGUCGGCGUCGUGAUCGCUCUAGAGAACGUAGGCGCCGCCGACGGUCCUACAGUCGAAGCAACUCCCGUUCCUCAUUGUCAUCAUGA